GAAUACAAUAUUCUUCUGAGCGAAAAUUCCAAGUCUAGAGGGAGAGAGAAAUUAAAAAGAAGAAAAAGAGAAAGUCGAGAGGGAAAUGCGAUUGUGGUGAAACAGAGAGCGAGAGUGACGGUGUGAUUAGCAGAGUAGAUUGAAGUGUUGAACUAAUAAAGCUAACACUCUGAGUUUGGUUUGGUUUUGGUGGAGGAAUUGACACGAGUGAGUAAGAACACUUGUCAUCACGCUUUUCAUUUCUUCAUCUUCAGUCAACACGCAUGCAUUCAGCUCCCACCGUUCAUUCCGAGUUUUUGAUGAGGACUGAAUAAAAGAUUGGAUUUUCUAUGACGUCGAUCAAAUCAUUGAGAUGGUUGAUGAGAAAAAAGAGUGGCUUGUCUGAUGGGGGGAAAUCAAGUUUCAAAAUGAAACAGCUGCCUUUUAUGGCAGUUUUGUGUACAGUAAUGUUGUUCAUUGUGUAUAGAACUACAAAGUAUCAGUAUCACCAAGAAGAGAUUGACAAAAGAUGGAGUUUCUGGGGAGAACCAAAGGCAUAUCCUGUAACCUCUUGGAAGUUGAAAGGCUUGCCACGAGGUAUAAUACACGCUGAUUCAGAUUUGGAGUUAAGACCAUUAUGGUCGAGAAGCAGUUCAAGGUCAAAGGCUAAUGUUUACUCAAAUCGUAACUUACUGGCUGUUCCAGUUGGUAUAAAACAAAAGCAGAAUGUUGAUGCUAUGGUCCGAAAGUUUCUUCCAGAAAACUUUACAAUUAUUUUAUUCCAUUAUGAUGGCAAUGUGGAUGGAUGGUGGAAUCUUGACUGGAGUAGCAAGGCCAUACACAUUGUUGCUCGGAAUCAAACAAAGUGGUGGUUUGCAAAAAGGUUUCUACAUCCAGAUAUAGUUUCUAUUUAUGAUUAUAUCUUUCUUUGGGACGAGGAUUUAGGGGUGGAGCAUUUUUCACCUUCUAGAUAUGUUAAAAUUAUAAAGCAGGAAGGUUUGGAGAUAUCACAACCAGCUCUUGACCCAAAUUCAACAGAGAUACAUCAUAGAAUUACAAUUAGAGCUAGAACGAAGAAAUUUCAUAGAAGAGUCUAUGAACGCAGAGGCAGUACAAGGUGUUCAGAUUCAAGUGAGGGACCACCAUGCACUGGGUUUGUGGAAGGUAUGGCUCCAGUUUUCUCUCGAUCUGCCUGGUAUUGUACUUGGCAUCUUAUACAGAAUGACCUUGUCCAUGGAUGGGGAGUGGAUAUGAAACUAGGAUAUUGUGCACAGGGAGAUCGAACUAAAAAUGUGGGAGUUGUUGAUAGCGAAUAUGUUUUUCACAAGGGCAUACAAACUCUGGGUGGGAGUGGUCAUGGAAUGACAAAGGUUUCAAAACUACAGAAGACAACUACGAGACAAAGUGGAACGGGAAUUGAUGUGCGAACUGAGAUACGAAGGCAAUCAACAUGGGAAUUUGAAACCUUCAAAGAUCGGUGGAAUGAAGCUAUUGCUGAAGACAAAAAUUGGUCUGAUCCAUUUAAGAGUGACCAAAGACGCAUAAGAAGACGGCGUGACAGCCAACAAGAACGUUUUAAGCACUUUAUUUAACCAUGUUGGAUAUGUUUCACAGCCAUUACCUUUAUUUACAGGCAUAAUUUAGUUUGUGUAGCUGAGUAUAUUCAUUCAAUUUUGAAAAAGGAAAAAGAGGGUAUUUUCUUUAUAUUCUUGGCACUCCUUUACUUUUCCUCUCUUACCAACCCUAUACCUACUCUUUUUUCUGUGUUUAAAUGCAACUUAGUAUUAUCAUUACGGAUCAAAAAGAAAAAGCUUGCCAUCAUGUAGUGCUUUUGUUGGUCUGUGGGCCCAUUUUAUUUUCAAGGUGGGACUCUUAAUUUAUGGGUUAAAUUUUAUGAAUUGGAGUUGGUGGCCCUCACUAUGGAUUAGGUUU